ACGGACUGUUCUAUGACUGCAAAGAUGGAAACGACCUUCUACGACGAUGCCCUCAACGCCUCGUUCCUCCAGUCUGAGAGCGGCGCCUACGGCUACAGUAACCCCAAGAUUCUGAAGCAGAGCAUGACCCUGAAUCUAGCCGACCCGGUGGGCAGCCUGAAGCCGCACCUCCGGGCCAAGAACUCCGACCUCCUCACCUCGCCCGACGUGGGGCUUCUCAAGCUGGCGUCGCCCGAGCUGGAGCGCCUGAUCAUACAGUCCAGCAACGGGCAUAUCACCACCACGCCGACCCCCACCCAGUUCCUGUGCCCCAAGAACGUGACGGACGAGCAGGAGGGAUUCGCCGAGGGCUUCGUGCGCGCCCUGGCCGAACUGCACAGCCAGAACACGCUGCCCAGCGUCACGUCGGCGGCGCAGCCGGUCAGCGGGGCGGGCCUGGUGGCCCCGGCGGUGGCCUCGGUGGCGGGUGGCAGCGGCAGCGGCGGCUUCAGCGCCAGCCUGCACAGCGAGCCGCCGGUCUACGCCAACCUCAGCAACUUCAACCCCGGCGCGCUGAGCAGCGGCGGCGGGGCGCCCUCCUACGGCGCGGCCGGCCUGGCCUUUCCCGCGCAGCCCCAGCAGCAGCAGCAGCAACCGCCGCAGCCGCCACACCACCUGCCCCAGCAGAUCCCGGUGCAGCACCCGCGGCUGCAGGCCCUGAAGGAGGAGCCGCAGACGGUGCCCGAGAUGCCCGGGGAAACGCCGCCCCUGUCCCCCAUCGACAUGGAGUCCCAGGAGCGGAUCAAGGCGGAGAGGAAGCGCAUGAGGAACCGCAUCGCUGCCUCCAAGUGCCGGAAAAGGAAGCUGGAGAGGAUCGCGCGGCUGGAGGAAAAAGUGAAAACCUUGAAAGCGCAGAACUCGGAGCUGGCGUCCACGGCCAAUAUGCUCAGGGAACAGGUGGCCCAGCUUAAACAGAAAGUCAUGAACCACGUUAACAGCGGGUGCCAACUCAUGCUAACGCAGCAGUUGCAAACGUUUUGAGGCGAGACUGUCGGGGGCUGAGGGGCAACGGAGAAAAAAUAUAAAUAACACAGAGAGACAGAUUUGAGAACUUGACAAGUUGCGAGAGAGAAACAGAGGAAAAAAAAAGUGUCCGAGGACUAAAGCCAAGGGUAUCCAAGUUGGACUGGGUUGCGUCCUGACGGCGCCCCCAGUGUGCACGAGUGGGAAGGACUUGGCGCGCCCUCCCUUGGCAAGGAGCCAGGGAGCGGCCGCUCGCGGGCUGCCCCGCUCUGCGGAGGGGCUGUCCCCGCGCAAACAGAACGUUAGACUUUUCUUUAACAUUGACCAAGAACUGCAUGGACCUAACAUUCGAUCUCAUUCAGUAUUAAAGGGGUGGGGUGGGGGAGGGGGUUGCAAACUGCAAUAGAGACUGUAGAUCGCUUCUGUAGUACUCCUUAAGAACACAAAGGGGGUGGGGGAGGGGAGGCGGGAGGGAGGUUUGUGAGAGCGAGGCCCAGCCUGCAGAUGAGCUCUUUCUGGCCUGCCUUCCAUAACUGUGUAUGUACAUAUAUAUAUUUUUUAAUUUGAUGAAAGCUGAUUACUGUCAAUAAACAGCUUCAUGCCUUUGUAAGUUAUUUCAUGUUUGUUUGUUUGGGUGUCCUGCCCAGCCUUGUUUGUAAAUAAGAGAUUUGGAGCACUCUGAGUUUACCAUUUGUAAUAAAGUAUAUAAUUUUUUUAUGUUUUGUUUCUGAAAAUUCCAGAAAGGAUAUUUAAGAAAAUACAAUAAAAUAUUGAAAAAGUUA